CGACCGCCUCCUGGGGCUCUUCGACUUGCUCCCUCACCGGCAUCGCUGCUGGUCAACCUGCUCUCUCACUUAGAACUGUUCUCGUUGUAGCGGAGGAGAAGACGACGACCUCACCUACGCACGUGGCGACCUUGAGGACGAUUGCGGCACAGGGAGUCAGAGUCAGGGACCAAGCUGCUCAUCCCGAGCUCGUGAGCACCAACACGUCGCGUCAUAUCCCAGAGAGCAUCCCGCUCAGGACGCUCAGUCGUCCACACCCGGGAUCCGACCUCGCCGCCUUCGCCAUGAAGUUCAGCUCGUCUCUCAAGUUCAAUGCCGUCCCCGAGUGGUGGGACGAAUACAUUGCCUACGAUGCUCUCAAGAAGACAGUCUACCAGCUCGAGAAGCAGCAGGCCGGCCUCGGCGACUCGUUCUACAGCGAGCACCGCGACCUCGAGGCGAGCGAGGAGACUGCGCUCAUGAGUGGGGUGACUAGUGCAGCAACAGACAGCAUCUUCGUCCCACUGCUAGAUCGCGAGCUCAAGAAGACAUGCCUCUUCUACGACACGCAGGAGAAGGAGCUCGUCCAGGAGCAGGAGGAAGUCGGGCCGGACGCGGGACAUCAGUACAUGGACGCAGGCACAGACGACGACGACGAGGAUGAUGAUGACGAGGAUGACUUCGAUGCCCACAGUCCGGUAGCCAGCCGUGACCCUACUCGCUCGCCCUCUCGCCCUCCAGGCAGUCGUCGACACGCACGUUCCGCGAGCUCUGCUGCCGGGGCCUCACGAGGCAGACGAAGGUAUGACUCGCAGCCCACCCGACGAUAUAGCAUUUCAUCCGUAGAGGACCACGGCAAUCUCGAGGCGAGCAUCGCUUCGCUCAGGUCGCAGCACUAUGGGCAGGCAUCCGGCUCGUCCCAGAUCGGGUCGCCACACUCGCCCAAGGUGACGACCAAGACGAUCGCGGCCAAGGUCAAGGGCAUGAAGGACAGCAUCACCUCGCUCACGAGCCCGCAGACUGUUUGGACGGCGAAGAACAACUACGCGACGGAUAUCCAGCUGCUCUUCAAGCGGCGGAUAACCAACCUUUACCUCACCGCGACAUCGAUGCGGUCGUACGUUGAACUGAAUUACUCCGGGUUCCGUAAGAUUCUCAAGAAGUAUGACAAGGUGACGGACAGCGCGCUGCAGGAACACUACCUGCACGACGUCGUCGAGCAGGCGCAGCCGUUCUCGCAGGCGACCAAGGACCACCUUAACGCGACGAUUACGCUCCUCGUUGAGCUCUACACGAAGUGCGUGACACACGGCGACCACCGGGCGGCACAGCGCCAGCUCCAGCUGCAUCAGCGCGAGCACAUCGCUUGGGAGCGCGACACGCCCGAGAAGGGCUUGCUGGACAUGAACACGAAGGCGGGUCACCUGCGGUUGACGAUCAAGCAAGUGUUUCUGUUCGUAUCCGUCCUCGUGUUCGUCAUCUUGCUGAACGUCAAGGUGGUGGACGGCGUCGAGGCGAGUCGAUGUCUUGCGGUGUUGGUAUUUGCGACGAUCAUGUGGGCGACGGAGGCGAUCCCGCUGUUCGUGACUUCCAUCUUUGUUCCCCUGCUUCUUGUAACGCUCCGCGUUAUCCGGUCGCCUGACGGUGAGGAGCGACUGAGCACACCCGAUGCUACCAAAUACAUCUUCUCCGUCAUGUUCUCGCCGACGAUCAUGCUCCUCAUCGGCGGCUUCACCAUCGCAUCCGCCCUGAGUAAGACUGCUAUCGACCGCGUGUUGAUUACGAAGUAUUGUCCUGCUUGCAUUAUGGGCGUCGCAUGCUUCGCAAGCAUGUGGAUCAGUAACGUUGCAGCGCCUACACUAUGCUUCUCCCUCAUCCAGCCAAUACUUAGGACACUUCCGCCCAAGUCCAAGUUUGCUCCAUGUCUGAUCAUCGGCAUCGCCCUGGCGGCCAACAUCGGUGGCCAAAGCUCGCCCAUAUCCUCCCCGCAGAACCUCAUUGCGCUGCACGAGAUGGACCCACAACUCGACUGGGCGAGCUGGUUCGCCGUCGCGCUGCCCGUCUCGGGCAUUUCUGUUGUGCUCAUCUGGUUGCUGCUCCUCGUCUCGUACCGCCCCGCUCGCUCACCAGACGGCGAGGGCGAUAUUGAGAUCCGGCCAAUACGUGCGUCGCGCGAGCCGUUCACGAUGAAGCAGUGGUGGGUCACCCUCGUCUGCCUUGUCACGAUCGCGCUGUGGUGCUUCGAGCACCAGAUCGAGGACGCCGUUGGUGAUAUGGGCAUUAUCGCUAUCAUACCCAUUGUAGCGUUCUUCUCGACGGGUGUGCUGAAGAAGGAGGACUUCGAGCAGUUCUUGUGGACGGUAGUAUUCCUCGCGAUGGGCGGCAUCGCCCUGGGCAAGGGCGUUACGUCUAGUGGCCUCUUGGAAGUCAUGGACGACGGCAUUCGGGAAAUGAUCUCUGGGCUCUCGCUCUACACCGUUGUCAUCGUACUUUCAUGUAUCGUCUUGGUCGUCUCGACAUUCAUCAGCCACACAAUCGCCAGCGUUCUGCUCGUUCCCAUCGCCAAGGAAGUGGGCGCGAACAUGCCAGGAAACAGGCAGAAUCUGCUGAUCUUCUUGACCGGUCUGCUGUGUUCGACCGGAAUGGGCAUGCCGGUCUCCGGCUUCCCCAACCAGACGGCUGCGAACCAGGAAGACGAUAUGGGCCAGUUGUACUUGACUAACAUCGACUUCCUCAAGAAUGGCGUGCCUGCGAGUUUCAUUGCGAUGAUGGUGGUCGCAACCGUCGGGUUCCUCUUGAUGGAGGCCAUUGGGUAAUCUCUAACACGCAUGUCGUGCCACUCAUCCAUGCUCUCGGCCAUCAUAGGCCCUGCAGCUCUCAUCCAUCUGGUCCGCAGAUACCUGCACGCUGAUAUGUAGUAUAAUAGAGCCUCGUAGGGAUUGUAGAACAUUUGAGCGCAGUCUCAUUACACUAACUGGAUUGUAGUUGCUUCAUUAGUUGCUAUCCACCUCGUGCUGCACCUGUGCCUACGUACUGCGAUGCAGACUGGGAGUCUAACGUGAAGUAACCGACAGUGCGACUUGUGUUGUCGACGUAGCUAUGAGGUCCGUCUAGUGCGUAUCAUGUGCUCCGAUCCGCGCGAACAUCAAUGCUGCUACCAUACUCAGUCGUCGUAGGUUGUCAGGUACAACGGAGGAAGAUGUGAGUGCAGCGAAUCUGGCGGUUGCAAAUGAAGCAGGCCUACC